CUCUAAACACAAUUGCAUUUUAUGUUUCCAAACUGUAGCCCAACGCCCGGCAGACUACCAGCUCACAGGCAUCAAAUUCAGAAUAAUGCCUGGCGCCACUACAGGCAAGAAGCUGGAUCUCUCCAAGCUCACAGAUGAGGAGGCCAAACAUGUGUGGGAAGUCGUCCAGCGAGAUUUUGACCUAAGGAAGAAAGAGGAAGACAGGCUUGGGGAGCUAAAGACCAAGAUUGAGAAGGAAGACACCAAGAGAGAGCUGUUGGGGAACCAGACCAGCCUGACUGAGUCUCAUUGUAUUCGCUGUCUCGAGCCCUUCAAGUUCCUGGUCAACAGCAAGCGUCAGUGUCUAGACUGCCAGCUGUAUGUCUGCAAGUCCUGCAGUCGUUACAACAAGAAGGAGCAUGGCUGGGUGUGUGAUCCCUGUCGCAUGGCCAGGGUCCUCAAGAUCGGCACUUUGGAGUGGUUCCAUGAAAACGUCCGUGCCCGGUUCAAGCGCUUUGGUAGCGCCAAGGUGAUGCGAUCACUCUUCAAAAGGCUCAGUGGAGAACACGACUGCUCUCCAGAUGACCUUGGAGAGCACCAUGAAUAUGACACACAGAGCAACCCUGAAGUCCACACAGAUGGAUAUGAGGAGCACAGUAUCGAUGCCACAGAGUCACAACACUACAAAGGGAUGAAAAAGACCAAAAGGCGGCUAACUGUCGAUCCCUUUGAUUUGGAUCUGGACUACUCCAUCGAAUCAAGAGGACAAUCCAAUCAGGCCCCAGGCUCCAACGACAUCACGGUCACGGACGUAGCUGUGAGGGAGUCGAUGCUUGCUGAGGCUGACAUGGCCUUUGUUUUCCAACAGAUUUUGGAGGAGCAAUGCAAAAGUAUGGAGUUCAAUACGGAUGUUGGACUUGACCUCAGCCGGAGGAUGGACCUUGGAUUGACUCCACAACAAGAUGACCUUGCGUACCCGGACAACCGAACGAUCCCAUCUCGCUCCAUCUCCCGACUCAGCUACUCCUCAUGUGGCAGUGGAAGUGCUGGUGGCCCCCGAGGCAGCAGCAUCUAUCUGCCCGGCCCUGAUUACUCCGAGGAAGAGGACAUCCACAGCCAACCCUACCUGUUCUACCAGUCUCAUCCUGGUCCCUGCAGCCACACAUCCCAGGAGAGCCUGAGCUCAGCAAACCCUCCACCACAGAUCACUGACUUGAACAGACGCAUGUCAGCCAUUGAGGCCCUCUUGAACCGAUUAGAGCAGAAGGUCACCCCGACAUCCGACCAGACCAACAAGGCUCUUCAGACGCCAAACAGCACCUCUCCUCUUCCUCAGUGGGAGGAAGUGGACCUAGAGGAGCAGCAACUAAGACAGAAGCUGCAUGAGAUGACAGACAACAUCAGCGACCACAGCCUCUCUGAUGAGGAGGACUCCAACAGGCCAGAAAAAUCCCAAGAGAUCCCAGUAUGGAGGAGCCCAGAGAGAGAAGCCAAGGCUACCAGGAUCCCUUCCAGACCCACAUCCAGAACAAGCAUCGUCCUCUCCAGACUCGAGGAAAAGCAGCCUGAGCUGACUGACUCUCUGAAGACAAACCAUUCAACAGAAAGCUUGGAGAGAAAGUGGCGCCCCCUGGAGGAGGGAUCAAAGGCAAGCUUCAAAGGCUCAACAGCCUUACUGGUUGAGCUGGAGGACAAGGUAGCCCAAGCAGCUGCUGAGGUCCAGAGCGCCCAGAGUGAGGUCUCUUACAUAGAGGACAGGAUUGCUGCUCUGAACGCUGCUGGUAUGCCAACGGAUAAAAAGAAAAAGUCUGCAAUACCGAUCCAAGCAAGAAGACUCUCCCACAACUUUCCCACAAGCCAGAUGGACAGGUUUGUGAGGAACUCCCUCUACAGGGGCUCCCUGACACAGAGGAACCCAGUGGCCAAGCCCAAGACCAGGGCAACCUGUGCGAAACCAGUAAUGACGCAGGGCUCAUGAGGAGACUGAGCAUCAUAUGACUGAGAAGUUUAUUACAGUUUGUGAUGAACUGGAAUUCAGCUGGAAUGGAUUUAAGUCUCCUUAAAGAGUUUCCUUUUUACAUUUCAGAGACUGUCAACUGGGGUGGGACUGCUUCAGUUUAUAUUUAAAAAUGUGUCCUUGUGAUAUUGUGUCAUUUUACUGAGUUACAUCCACACCGUAUUUAUACUAUGUGUGUGAGUUACACAUGAUAUGCACUAACUUCACUAUACCUGCAUCUUAGGUUCAAAAGCUAAAGCUUCCAAUUUGUCUUUUGCUGGUAGUUACACUGUCCAAAAACUAUUCUAAAGCUGCAACUAAUGGUUAUGUUCAUUAUCAAUUAAUCUGUCAAAGAUUUUCUCAAUUAAUCAAUUAGUCCCUCGGUCUUUAAAAUGUCAGUAAAAGGUGGAAAAUGUCUGUCACAGUCUCCCAAACCCCUAGGCGAUGUCCUUGUCUGGUCCCCACCGACAGUCCACAAGAUCAGAAAGAUCUUCAGUUUAUUUUCACAGAAGACUAAAGAAACCAGAAAAUAUUUAUAUUUGAAG